AUGCUCUUCUCAGACUGUAAUACAUUUCCUCUGCAACUGGAAGCCGGGAGAUAAGAACUUAGCGAAGGAAGAUCCUUUAUUUUGUACCCGCGCGGAACCAACGCACUCGGCGCUCGAUUGCUCUGGCCUCUCUCGGCCUGCUCGUUCCUCGGCGCGGAGCUCGAUUAGGAAGGCCCUUCCAGCGGCGGGGGAACCGUGCGCCGCGACAGCGCUCAGCCAGGGGCCGCGGGAUGCUGCGCUGGCUGAUCGGGGGCGGCCGGGAGCCGCAGGGCCUGGCGGAGAAAUCAUCUGUACAGACCAUUGGUGAAGAGCAAGUACAAAAUCCUUACACGGAGCUCCUUGUGUUGAAAGGUCAUCAAGAUAUAGUACGUUUUCUAGUACAAAUAGAUGAUUGCAGGUUUGCAUCUGCAGGAGAUGAUGGAGUCAUUUUUCUGUGGAAUGCUCAGACAGGAGAGAAACUUUUUGAACUUCAUGGUCACACACACAAAAUUACAGCUAUAGCACCGUUUUUUUCAUCAGAUGUUUCUGAAGAAAACAGUCAUUUGAUUUUAACAGCAUCAGCUGAUAGAACUGUUAUUGUUUGGGACUGCACUACGGGCAGGCAGGUUCAAAAAGUAUCAUGUUUCCAUUCUACUGUAAAGUGUUUGACAGUCCUUCACAGACUGGAUGUAUGGUUGUCUGGAGGGAGUGAUCUAUGUGUUUGGAACAGAAAAUUAGAUCUCUUGUGUAAGACCAGUCAUCUUACUGAUGCAGGUAUUAGUGCUUUGGUUGAAUUGCCUAAAAAUUGUGUUGCGGCUGCUGUUGGCAAAGAGCUAAUCAUUUUUAGAUUGAUUGCUUCCAGUGAUAAAUCUGAAGGUUGGAAAAUCCUUGAAGUAAAACGCCUUGUCGACCAUCAGGAUAACAUCUUGUCAUUGGUCAGUGUCAACGAUACGACUUUUGUGACAGGUUCUCAUGUGGGUGAGUUAAUAUUUUGGGAUGCACUUGACUGGACAAAGCAGGCAUCUGAGUGCAACUUCUGGGACUCUUCUGUCCAACCAGAUGCACAGUCAGAAAUAAAGUUAUCCCAAAGUCCAAAUGAAACUUCAGUUCAACACUUAGCAUCUGAUGAGGAGUAUGUGUAUGCUGCAGUUGGGAAAGGCAUAUACGUAUAUAAUCUUCAAAUGAAGCGUGUGAUUGCCUGCCAGAGAACUGCUCAUGACUCUUCUGUACUGCACAUUGAGAUGCUUCCAAACAGGCAGCUGAUAUCCUGUUCAGAAGAUGGCAGUGUGCGCAUUUGGGAGCUCCGAGAAAAGCAGCAGCUGCCAGCUGAACCAGUUCCAACAGGGUUCUUCAACAUGUGGGGAUUUGGAAGGGCAAAUAAGCAGGCAAACCAAGCUAAGAAGGCGCAGGAGAAUACACCUAUGCAUUUCUUGGAGCUAGUUGGUGAUUUGAUUGGUCAUUCAUCAGCUGUACAGAUGUUCCUGUACUUCAGUGAACUGGGACUGGUUACAUGCUCUGCUGACCAUCUCAUUAUAUUGUGGAAGGAUGGUGAACGAGAAUCUAGACUCCGCAGUUUAACGUUAUUUCAGAAACUGGCACAAAAUGGUGAUUUGCAACUCAAAUUUUAAAUUGCUUGAAUACAGGCUAAAUAUGCAUAAACUGGUUAUACAUUACAUGUGAAUGUGAAGGAAAGUCUGAGCUACUGGGGAUGUGACUAUCAAUAAGGUUUACACUUAAUGUCAUGUAUUAUAUUGGAAUUUUUAUGCUUCUCUUCUCAAAGGAGAAUUUUGCAUGUUGAAGCUUAUUUGGCUUACUCUGUCAGCAGAAAUUGUGUUCCCUUAAAUGACUGAAGAUAGUGAUGACACAUUAGAUAGUUUCUAUUGUUAUUCCUGGUGCUUAAAAAAAAAAAACACAACCAUAAGCGAAUAGCAAAAUUAAGAGUUGUUAAAAUGGUUAGUUAGAUCAUAACUAAAGCAGCUGUGUUACGUGAGUUAUGUGUCCACAGUGUUAUGUGUAGAAAAGAGAUACAGAAAAAAAAAUUAGCAGCUUCCUGCUUUAUGUAAUUUAUUUCUUACAGAGGAAGUCUGAAAAACUUUAGUUACUGAUAGCUCAGAUUUAUGUGUUUACAAAGAAAAAAAAGAAGUUCUCAGAGUUCUUGCAUUCAAUCUUACAAUAAAGGUAAGAAGAAAGUAAAGUAGUCAGUACCAGUUUGUCAGGUUUUAAUUUUUUUAGCAAAGAAAAUUAUUGGCACAGAAAUACUUCUGUCUUGCAACAACUGCAGAUCUACUGUGAGUUAACCUACACUGGAGUUUAUAUAACAGCAGUAUGAUGUCUAGCAUGAAGUGUGAUUGAUUCAACUUAGUCUUUACAUAGUGUACUCAUUGAAUUCAUUUGUCUGUCAUGAAGGUCUGUCCUUACUGUGGAUUUUCAGGAUAUAAAAUAUUUUCAUAACCAGCAGUAACUGAUCUGUUCUGCCAGCUGAGCACUGAGUUCUCAAAUAAAAUUUGACUGCAAAGAAAUUUA